AGUCAGUCCGGUAGGAACUGAAGGGGCGGGACUCUUAGCUGAGCUGUGGGUACGCUGCGGCGUCCAGAAAAUAGAUAAACAGAAUAUGCUAACGUUUGAUUGACGCAACUAAGUUACAAACUCAUCUAACUAGAUACUGACACGCCAACCUGACAAAAAGAAGAACUCGGAGAGGAGCUGCGCGCUUGUCUAGUGAUUUACACGCGAGCCCAUCAAGAACAGCAAGCUAGUUAGCAACAUGAUGAUGGCCAGCUGAACAUUGUUGUGCCUUGAGCUCUUGUUAUUAUUGCGCUCACGGUUUAGCGGUUUAACCUUCAUGCUUUCCUGCUUUUGCCUGUUGCCUUUCAUGCAUCCUUUCCACAUGCACUCCUAGACUUGUAUAUAAUUGAGCGGAGCGGCUUAAUUUUAGGUGCUUGUGCGCCAUCGAGCUAAGCUAACAGCACAGGAAUGGUGUGCAUGGGCCAAACCCCUUUCACAUAUUAGCUCGCAGCUAACCAGUCGCUGGAUCUACAAGUUUGGACCCGAAAGUGGAGAGUUUUCUAGAAAGAUACGCGGGGCAGAUCGACCAAGCAGAAUGUUGGUUUGCAGAAAGCCAUGGAUCAUUUACUUAAGCGUUGAUCGAGACCUACACUGACCCUUAAACACAGACAGAAGCCCCAGUCUUUCUACACAGGGUGCAAAAUGAGCACAUAGUAAACUGUGACAUUGAUCUGCUUUGUGCCUUUCAACGAUGUAGCUUUGCAACCUGCGUGCUUUUUUUGCGGCAUACGUUUAAGGACAGUAACGAUGAACAAUCAAGGAAUCAUGUCACAAGAGAAGAUGGAGCUGGAUCUGGACAUCCCGUCGUCACUUGUUCAGAGCGAUGGGCAUUUGAGACGAUCUAACAGCGAACCUAUGAUAAACGGCCUGAGUGAUGCUUCACAGGUGUUCCAGAGAGAGGUUCUCCGCAGCAGAAGAAACAGUACUACUGUUGUUCGACCCAAUGUGGUUCCAUCUUCACCAGUACGUGUUCCUAGCACAAGACUGCAGAGGAUCAAACAGGAAGAGGGCGUUGAUGUGAUGAACCGUGAAACUGCUCAUGAACGAGAGGUGCAGGCAGCCAUGCAAAUGAGCCAGUCUUGGGAGGAGAGUCUUAGUCUGAGUGAUAAUGAUCUUGAGAAAUCUUCAUCGUCAUCUCCGAAACGGAUUGACUUUGUGCCUGUGUCUCCUGCUCCUUCGCCCACCAGAGGGAUUGGAAAGAAGCAGUGUUUCUCUCCAUCUCUUCAAAUCCUGGUGACCAGUAACGGUCUGACGCCCAGCCCUGUUCCCAGCCCAACACGCCGCUUUAGUUUGCCCAGCAGGAGGAGUCAGAGCCCGAUCAACUGCAUCAGGCCUGGUAUUCUGGGGCCUCUCAAACGCAAAAGUGAAAUGGAGACAGAAAGCCAGCCCAAGAGACUCUUUCAGGGAACCACCAACAUGCUGUCCACAGAGGUGUCUCACUUGCCUGAGCUUAACACUUGCAGUUUGUCUCCAGAUCUUCUGGAUGGAAGUCUCAGUAGCGUCGGCUCCUCCUCAGACUCUCCCGCCAAGAUGGAAGGAGUGUCGCCUUCCUCCAGUAACUCUCCCCUCACGCCCCUUCAGGACCUCUCCCCUAAGUGAUGAGCGUCAUGGACACCAGAGGAGGACUGGGCUGCUUCUCAGGCCCUCCUCCACCUAUUUUAGUUUCGUUCCCACAAUAUGGCUUUUGUUCUUUUCCUGAAUUGUCCUUUUAUGUUACAUUUGAAGCAAAGCGAGGGAAUAUUCCGUGUGGGAAAGACCCUACGGGUGUGGAGGGACUGUGGAUGUUUUUUGCAUCAGCUGCUAAAAAUAGAUGUAAAACAUGGUGUAUAGAUCUGUAUCAAAGCGAAGGACGUCACAGAGGAGCUUCUUGGAUUUUUUUUUUUUUUUUUUUUUGGUUCCCUAAUGGGGCAAUUAUCUUUUUGAUAACGCUUCGAAAAGAAAAUGGCUGUAAACAGGAGUACAACUACAGGCAGGUUCUAUGAUUUACAAUUUCAGCUUGCCAACCGGUAUUGUGUGAGAAUUUAACUUAUUUUUUUGCUUUUAUUUGUAUGUAAGUAUGUACAUAAGAUUCAUGGCAUAACGUGCAGGGGCAAAGCACUCGACCGGCAAACUGACAGCCGCCUCUUCUGGAGUUUUAUUAGCGGUGCAACUGCACUUUAAAGGGGCUGAAUUUCAUUUUGGGCUUUGUUCUGUUCAGGAAUUGCCUUUUCUUGAUUUUCAAGUAGGUGGAGGAUGUAUUUUUCAGAGCUUGGCACUUCAUUCUCUGUUAGAAUGAUAUUAUGGUUGCUGUACACAACUACUGCAGAUGGGAUUUAAUAUUGCAGCUGUUGGUAACCACUAAAUCCUCAAUUUGAACACUACGGAGAAACUAAACUGCCUGCGUUGAUGUUUGUCAACCUAAAGACGUGCGCACAACUGUGUUGUCGUUUUCACAGCUUUUAGAGAAUGGAGCAAAACAUCCGGGCUGAGAUGAAUGACGUCCAUUGUAUGUUUUUACUUUUCCGCACAGUGGCUUUGCCCUGUUUCUGUUAUUCGGGAAGGAUCUGGAGGAGAAUGCGCUCUACAGGUGCAGUUUCAGCAGAGUUAAAUGAUUUUCAGUGUUUUCCAGAGGCUGUGACACAUUUGGCAGUUCAAAAUGUUAAGCAGAAGUGUGAAGAAAUGAAACCCUCCCAUCAAAAAUGUUCUUUGUGGAGUUUUAAAUGUAAUCUACUGAUCUGAAACGGUGUGCCAUUAAAUUUGUAUAUAAGAGAAGUGUACAACUGUAAUUUUAGGAGUUCUUUCUUUGGGGCUGUAGUUACUUUAGAAAAUAGUAUUUUCUUUUGUAAAUGGUUUUCUAAAUUUCAAAGAAAUUGCUUUAUUUCCUCAAGCAUGAUAUGAUGUAUCAUAAAUUCAUUUUUCUGUGCAAGGAAGUGAUUGUAAAAUCCUUUUUUUUUCCCAUUUAAGUGAAUUGAGGGGUUUUUUUUCACAUGAAAGUGACACACCGCAGUGUAAAUCUUUUUCUGAAUGUUUUUGCAAACAAAAAAUACAGUGAGUGGGUCAUGUAGAUCCAGAUUCUGUCCUGUAGUGAUGGGUGACGUGUAUUUGUAGUUUGCUUUGCUGUUUUUUUUUUUUUUUUUGUUUGUUUGUUUUUUUGUUUGUUUUUGUUUUUUUUUGUCCUGUGGGCGUGUCCAAUUCUUUAUUUAAUUAUUUUACUCUGUCCUUUUUGACUCAUACAGUACUUUUUAAAGCCUGUGCACGUGAACUCUGUUGAGGAGGACUGAGUGCUGUCAUGAGGAUGUGUAGUUGUGCUCUGCUCUCUCUGAACAAAUCUUGUUCCUGUCAUAUCAGAGACUUCCAGAUGUCAGAAAUAAAUUAUUUGUCCAGCUCUUUUGUCACCUUGUCUUGUGAUGCCAAACUUAGCGUAGUUAUCGUCUUAACAUACACAAUGGUUAAAGAGAGAG